AUGCGUCCUGCGACUCAUCUUGUUGCGGCCCUCCUGUCCCUGGGAGGUCUCGAGCUUGUCGCGGCCGAAAAUGCUCAGGAAUUGAAGCCUCGCUUCAUUCCCAAACAACUCAAAAGACAUGUCGUCCAUGGACAUGACUCCUCUGCCGCUGCAUUGUCGAACACUGACACUCACUUGGAUACAAGGGCUGAUGUAAACCCCUUCAUCGCUUACUUCAAUAGCCUGCUUCAAAACGGCGCCGCGACACCAUCCAGCACCCCGCUCGUCUCCCUGCCCAUCGUCGUCUCGGUAGAUGCCAACGGUGUCUCUCACACCAUUACCCCAACCCCCACACCUCCCCCUUCAGCAGGGACAACUUCUGAUGCCAAGUCCGGUUCAACGGCCGAGCCGUCAUCGCCCGAGCCAUCUUCUGCGGCUGAUCAGUCUGCUCCGAACAACGUUCCCGCGACGACUCCCUCAACGGCGCAGACCUCGCCUCAGGCCAAGGCAGACCCCUCAGACAACUCCCAAACUACACCAGCCUCAUCAACUCCUGCCACAAGCAGCGGAAAUGUCGUCAGCGACACCUUGGGUGGCGUUGUCGGCGGUGUUCUGGGAAACCCGAGCAGCUCAACCAAUACCAGCCCUCCAGCAAGCUCGCCUGCCACGGAUGGAUCCAAGACCCCUGAGAGUUCGACGACAACUCCUGCAUCAACAGUGCAGACCUCCCCUCAAGGCAAGGCAGACACCUCAGACAACUCCCAAAUUACACCAGCCUCAUCAACUCCUGCCACAAGCAGCGGAAAUGUUGUCAGCGAUGCCUUGGGUGGUGUGGGUGGCCUUGUCAGCAGUGUUCUGGGAAACCUGAGCAGCUCAACCAGUACCAGCCCUCCAGUAAGCUCACCUACCACUGAUGGAUCCAAGACUCCUGAGGGUUCGACGACAACUCCCUCAUCAACAGCGCAGACAUCUCAGGGCAAGGCAGACACCUCGGACAACUCCCAAACUCCAGCACCCUCAUCAACUCCUGCCACAAGCAGCAGUAAUGUCGUUGGCGAUGCCUUGGGUAGUGUGGGUAGUGUUGUUGGUGGUGUUCUGGGAAACCAAAACAGCUCAACCAUUGCUGUUCCAUCCGUCACUGAAUCCAAGACCCCUGGGGGUUCGACAACCGAGAGCACUGAUCCCAGCACAAACUCUGCGACGCCAACAGGUUCCUCAUCUCCCUCUGCCCCCUCUCCUGUUGAAGCGACUCCGACCGCAGCUGCAAGCUCGUCCGGCCUCCUUGACACUGUUGCCUCGGACCUCUCUGGAAUUCUGCCUGCAGCUUCCAGUCCCCUUGCGUCCGGAGCUGCCACUACCAAUUCGUCCAACACUGAUGGCACUGUUACCCCCUCAACAGACGUUAUUCCCUCUUCGACAGGCAACAACUCUUCGGCAGAGGCCAGCCCCUCCCCAACUCCAAGCUCGAGCGGCUUACUCGAUUCGCUGACCUCUGGUGUCCCUGACCUAUUGCCCGGUUCUGCUGCAUCAUCCUCAGCCGCGACCAACAGUAGCAGCGGGGCUGAGACUCCGGCAUCCACAGACCUUGGUCAGUCUACUAUGCCUGUCAGCGUCCCUGCUGUGACACCCUCCGCCACCAGCUCGAGUGGCCUGGGUGGAAUUCUGGGUCCUAUCCUCGGUAGCGCUGGUAGCACUGGAGUCAUUCCAACCGCAAGCACUCCCACCAGCAGUUUCGUUGGCGUCCCCACCGGCUUGACUAGUAUCCUCAUCCCAGGAGGCAUUAGCGGAACUGAGACGCCAACUUCGUACACUCAGAUCAGUCCUAGCGUUCCUACAACUGCUCCUUCAGUUACCAGCACCGCUGUCAUUCCCGGUAGCUCCGAUACUGCUAUUGGUUCCUCGAUUGCUAUCACGGGUUCCACCGGAGUGAGCUCGACUUUGCCUACGCCUACUAUCAAUUCCAGCAGCUCGGCAACUCAGACACCCUCUACAACCGAGCAAACGACCCCAAGCCCGACAACCACGCUGGAGACCACAGCCGCCCCGACCACCACCAGCACCACCAGUACUACUCAUCCACCCGAAACUACCACCACCGAGAACACCGACUUUGUUCCCUCCAGUAUUCUGGUGGAGCCUACAACCACGACUCAGCUCUCGACGGUUGAGACCGCUACUGGCACCAGUCGACCCGCUCAGUUGCCUGGAUCCAUCUCGCCGGCCAAUGGUCUGACCAGUCCUCCACCGGACUCUACCUUGAUUCAGAUCGGCUUCAAUGGCAAACUACGAUACAGCUUCGUUGCCACGACCCCGCUCUCUUCAUCGCAGAUCUUCCUGUACGUUCCACAGGGACUGAUCUAUGCUUUGGAGAUUCUCGGCAAAGAUAUCUCGAUGUUCGCGAUCCAGCCCUACGACAACUCGGCCAGCACCGGGUACAUUGCAACCGUUGCCUUGGCUUAUAUACCUACGGACAAGGUUGACACAUUGAGGAAGCUGCUCCGCAGUCCAUUGUCCAAACUCUACCAGCAGCCGAACGAGUCGGUCAAGACUUUGUUCUCAAUGAUCGAUCCUUCCAUCCCUCUUGUUGUCGGAGAAUCCGGCUCAUCUAGUGGCAGCGGAUUGUCUAGCGGCGGUGGAUACAGCGGCAGUGGUAGCAGCAGCGAUGGUAAUGGCAGUGGCAGUGACUCUGGCAACAACGCGGAUGCCGGUGCCAGUCGCAGCUCUUCCGCUCGUGCCAGCUCUGUUGGCAUCGGCGUUGGUGUUGUAUGCGGCGCCGCAGCCUAUGGUGCGGGUAUGUUCUGGGUUGCUCGUCGCUACCGCAAGAAGCGUCAAUUGCAUCGCCGCUCCAAUUCCACUAUGGAGCAGACGAGUGAAGGUCGUGGUGCCGGUUCUCUUUUCACCGCUGGCGGUCGUCUUUCCCGCAACAGCCAGAAUAGCCGGGGAAGUGGCCGGGGCCAGAUGAUCAGUGCUCCUGUCAUGGCCGAGAACUCGCUGGGCUGGAACUAA